AUGCCCGGAAAGAUUCGCACCGCCCAGUCCGUGUCCUUUGACGUACCUGCUUCCGAGCAGCCGUAUUUGCACAACCGCUGGCAUCCAGACAUUCCUAAUAUCGCCUCGAUCAAGCCGGGAGAGACGGUCAAGAUUGAAUGCCUUGAUUGGACCGGCGGGCAGAUCAAGAAUAACGACAGUGCCGACGAUAUCCGUGACGCCGUGCUCACCAAAUUCCACUAUCUUACCGGCCCGUUUGAGAUUGAGGGCAGCGAGCCGGGAGAUCUCUUGGUCGUCAACAUCACCGACAUCCAGCCCUUUGAUCAUUCGCCGUGGGGCUUCAGCGGCAUCUUUGCUCGCGAGAACGGAGGCGGGUUUCUGGACCGCCACUACCCCAAAGCCGCCAAGGCAAUAUGGGACUUUGACGGCAUCUACUGCACCAGCCGCCAUAUUCCUGGGUCGCAUCCUGGUCAGGUCGUGGCCCUCGCACCAUAUGAGGAGAACUCACAUGCCGGAAAGGCCGGCGACAACCUCAAGGCAAAGAUUGCUCGUGAGGGAGCACGAACCAUUCCAGGACGUCCGGAGCAUGGCGGCAACGUGGACAUUAACAACAUCUCGAGAGGCUCUAAGACCUAUCUUCCGGUACAUGUCCCGGGGGCCAAGUUUUCCGUUGGAGACCUUCAUUUCAGCCAAGGGGACGGGGAAAUCAGCUUUUGUGGAGCAAUCGAGAUGGCUGGAGUGAUCACGAUUAAUUUUGGACUGAUCAAGAAUGGUAUGAGGGAGCGGGCCAUCAUGAGCCCGGUGUUUAGGCCGGGCGAAGUGGCCCCGUUGUUUGGGCCAUCUCGCUACCUGACAUUUGAAGGAUUCUCCGUCGACGAGUCGGGGAAGCAGCAUUUUCUUGAUGCGACGAUUGCCUAUCGCCAGGCAUGCCUUCGAGCGAUUGAGUAUCUGAAGCAGUUUGGCUACUCGGGCGAGCAGGCGUAUAUGCUCCUGUCUUGCGCCCCGAUCAAGGGAUCUAUUGCAGGCAUUGUUGAUGUCCCUAACGCGUGUACGACCCUGGGAUUGCCAAUGGACAUCUUCGAGUUUGACAUCUCUGUUGAAGCAAAACGUAUCAAGAGAUCGCCGGGGUCUUGUCCUGUGUCCGAUGGCUCGACUUGA